GACGCCUGGAGGAGGAGCAGGAAAACAUCCGACGAGAGGAAGGUGUCGCCAACUGAUGCGGACACUUUAACAAAGAAAAAAAAACGAACCUUUCUGGGACACUUGCCGUAGAUCUGAAAGAUGCUGACUUCAUCGUGAGAGUGACUCGGGGACAUCAGCAAACUGACUCGCCAUGGCUGCCCGCCAUCAGAGACCUACAGACAUGACAGACGGCUUGAUGGAGUCCAAACGCACUGGGAAAAAGUGCUCUUGGGCCUCCUACAUGACCAAUUCUCCAACUGUGAUCGUGAUGAUCGGGUUGCCUGCUCGGGGGAAAACCUACAUGUCCAAGAAGCUGACGCGCUACCUCAAUUGGAUUGGAGUGCCAACUAAAGUAUUCAACCUUGGAGUCUAUAGGAGACAAGCCGUGAAGUCGUACAAGUCCUAUGACUUUUUCAGACAUGACAACGAAGAAGCUAUGCAAAUAAGAAAAAAAUGCGCUCUGGUGGCACUACAAGAUGUCAAGUCCUACUUGAAUGAGGAAGGAGGGCAGAUUGCGGUGUUUGAUGCUACCAACACCACCAGGGAGAGGAGGGAACUCAUUCUUAAUUUUGCGAAGGAUCAUUCAUAUAAGGUGUUUUUUGUGGAAUCCAUAUGUGAUGAUCCAGAUGUCAUUGCUGCAAACAUCCUGGACGUGAAGGUGUCCAGUCCAGACUACCCAGAGAGAGACAGAGAAAGUGUCAUGGGCGAUUUUCUCAAGAGGAUAGAGUGUUAUAAAGUAACUUACCAGCCUUUGGAUCCAGACGAACAUGACAGGAGCCUGUCCUUUAUUCAGGUCAUCAACGUCGGCCGUCGUUUCCUGGUCAACAGAGUGCAGGAUUACAUUCAGAGUAAAAUUGUCUACUACCUCAUGAACAUCCACGUGCACUCCCACUCCAUCUACCUCUGUCGACACGGAGAGAGCCAUCACAAUCUGCAGGGACGCAUUGGCGGCGACUCUGAGCUGUCAGACCGAGGAAAACAGUUUUCUGUGGCACUAAAGGGUUUUGUAGAAGAACAUCGUCUGUCAGACCUAAAAGUUUGGACCAGUCAACUGCGGCGCACCAUUCAAACUGCAGAGGAGCUUGGCGUUCCCUACGAGCAGUGGAAGAUCCUGAACGAGAUAGAUGCUGGAGUUUGUGAAGAAAUGACAUACAAAACCAUUGAGGAAACGUACCCAGAUGAGUACGCCAUGAGGUACCAGGACAAGUAUCACUACCGCUAUCCUGGAGGAGAGUCUUAUCAGGACCUGGUGCAGCGUCUGGAGCCGGUUAUCAUGGAGCUGGAGCGGCAGGGCAACGUGCUGGUUAUCUGUCAUCAAGCCGUCAUGCGCUGCCUGCUUGCUUACUUUCUGGACAAGAGCGCAGAUGAUCUUCCGCAUUUGAAGUGUCCCCUGCACACUGUCCUCAAACUGACCCCUGUGGCUUAUGGUUGUAAAGUGGAUAUGUUUGACCUAAAGGUGGAGGCUGUCAACACUCACAGGGACAGACCAUUAGACCGCAUAAGGAAAGAUGUCCCGCCAGCUUUCUACCGGCGGAAUAGCUUCACGCCGCUGUCCAGCCACGACCAGAUCAAACGGCCUCGCCUCUACAGCGUCGGCAACCCACCGCAGCCUCGCUCGUCCCAGACUCUCGUUUUAUCCAGCAUGCCGUUCUCCGAGGCAUCGGAGGGCGUAGAGCAGCGAGAAUGUGAGGACUCCCUGAACGGCUUCAGUGCAGGAGACACAGACGACAGUGCUGGCACUUAAAGAAAGGUUUCUUGAAUUUAGUCUUGACGUUCGUUCAUCACUGAUCAAAUGUCUGGCCCCUUGUACCUUCUGCUUUUGCACCUCCCCAAUAAUGUUUCUUUGCCACAUGCAACCUCAACAAAAUCAAUGUAGAGGUCUGUUAUAUAAACUAAGUGUCCAUCCAGUAGUUGUUUACAAACAGCUAACUAUUGUUUUGUUUUAGGGACGCACACAUAAAAAUGGAAGAAUGCAAGGGCCAUUUAUUUGUAUUUAAUUUAUCAAACAUGCCAAAGUCCGUCAAGCAAGCAAUUAGAGCAGUCAAGUGUUGUUUUUGUCCCCUGCUAUUCUGUAUCUUUGUUGUCCCUUUGUCUGCCACUUCCCCUUGUUCUUAAGAACGGAUGAUGUAAAUUAAUGCUCACCGCAUCUAUCCCUCUUUUUAACUUUUCAUUACAUAGAAUAGGAAACAACACACCAGAAUGGAAUGGCAGCCGUGAAUGUAGAUAUGCUGAUUUAAGGAAAAUUUUUGAGUACUUCAUGAGGCUUCAUGAUCGCUAUUGCUGUGAAAUGUAAAUUAUUUUAAGACUGUCCUAUAGGUGUCUGAACUUUUUAGAUGGUGCACCCUAAAAUCAAGUGUAAUCAAGUCUACCAAAUAAUGGAAAUGUUGUCUUAAAGAUAAGGGACACGCGUUUAAAUAUGAUUGUUUGAAUUACCUUCUGCAUUGUCAGGAAUAUUGUAUAACAGGAAAAUGAAGCUUCAAAAUUGCUUUAUGAACCAGUUGUAUUUUUUAUCUGCUCUAGAUGGCACUGUUGGUUUCAAAAAUAGGUUUAAGAAUUGAUAGGUUGAUGUGCUUUCAGUCCAAUUUUGAACAGAGUGCCAUCUAGGGAGGUAAAAGAAAAAUAACAACUGGAUAAUGAAGCUAAUUUGAAGCUUCAUUUUCCUAUCACUCCAAGGUGCAUUUUGAAGUAGUGUCCUUAAAAUGACCAUGAUAAAAUAAUGACGAGUCAACAUUUUACACUUUGGUUUUGUUGUUUGAAGUUUCUACACAUCUAACCUGUGGUUGGUUUCAUAUUACUUCUAAAGUAUCACACAUGCUGGCAUCACACCAACAACUGUGUAUUUUACAGGCAAUCAAUGAUAAAUCUACUUGAAUCAAUGAAAUAUUUAUUUUCAAAUGUGCAGUGUAAAUGUGUUCCCUUUGCAUGAUCCAUUUGGUUUGGUUGCUGUUUGUUUUCAGAUUUGCAUUUAAGAAUCAUCACCAUUUUGAAUGAGUUACAACUGUGUCGAAGCCAUUGGUUUGCUCGACUGUCAGACUUUGACUUUGAUUAACAGUGACAAGGGCAUGCGAUGAUGUAAUUGUGCCUGCAGUGUCUGAAAACUGUCUGGGAACUCAAAUUUACUUGUUUUGAUGUUAAGCACACAACUUCUGUGUCAUCUAAAACUAUAAGCUCACGGGAAAAGUAUAAGGAUCAAGUUUCAUCUUUGUGUACUAUACAGUAUUUUUUAAAAUUGCCUGCAUUUCACACAUUUUUUGUUUUAUUGAUUUAACUUAGCUUUUUUUUCUUUUUUUUAAAUUUUCAUUCUAUUAUUCAAAGAUGCUGUCUGAUAAAUACUAUAAUAGCCAAAUACAUCAAUAUGCUGCUGAA